CCUUUAUGAAAAGCACGCCAUAUUGGAUCGAAUAUAGAACGAAGUAAGAAAAUACACACUUUCUCCAUACAGAGAGAUAAAAAACAACAACAUGCCAACAGCCGAGGUUCAGAGGCCUCCUGUUGAAGAUGGAGAAACCCAAGGCCAACAGCAGACUGUCAGUAAACCUGUCAUUGGCAUUAUUUACCCCCCUCCAGAAGUGAGAAACAUUGUUGACAAGACUGCCAGUUUUGUUGCGAGAAAUGGACCUGAGUUUGAGAACAGGAUUCGUCAGAAUGAAGUUAACAACCCUAAGUUCAACUUCCUCAACCCCAAUGAUGCAUAUCAUGCAUACUACCAGUAUAAGGUGAAGGAGUUCAAAGAGGGCAAAGGACAAGAACCUGUGGCACCAAAGUUGAACCUGUCCAGUGCAUUGAAGCCCCCUCUGGAGCACACAAAGAUAGCUGAAGUGUUUGUGCCCAAAGAUCCACCGCCUGAGUUUGAGUUUGUAGCAGACCCUCCUUCCAUCUCAGCCUAUGAUCUAGAUGUCGUGAAGCUGACAGCCCAGUUUGUGGCCCGGAAUGGUCGCCAGUUCCUCACUACAGUGAUGCAGAGAGAGCAGCGCAACUACCUGUUUGACUUCCUGCGUCCCCAGCACAGCCUCUUUAACUACUUUACCAAGCUUGUGGAGCAGUACACUAAGAUCCUAAUCCCGCCCAAAAACCUGAAGGAAAAGCUUGCUAAGGAGUCUGAGAGCUACAAGGAGGUGCUGGAGGCUGUCAAGUACCGAGUGGAGUGGGCCAAGUACCAGGCCAGGGAGAAGAAGAAGGAGGAGGAGAAAGUGGAGAGAGAGCGAGUUUCCUAUGCCCAGAUCGACUGGCAUGACUUCGUUGUUGUGGAGACAGUGGACUUCCAGCCACACGAGGGAGGUAACCUGCCCCCACCCACCAACCCCAGUGAAGUGGGUGCCCGUGCACUGCAGCAAGAGAGAUUUGAAAAGGGCGAGAUUGACAAUGACAUGGAGAUGGAGUCUGAUGAGGAGGGAGAUGAUGAUGAUCAGGCUCCGGGGAAGAACGGCCCAGGGGGGCAGACAAAUGACGACAUUCAGGUGCAGGACAUGGAGGAAGAUUCAGACGAGGAAGUGAUGGAUAGACCACCGAAGUCCAAAGCUGCUGCACCACCCCCACCUCCCCCGCCCCCGCCAUCAGAGGCUCCCCCACUGCCCCCCACACCGGACCAGGUGAUCAUCAGGAAGGACUACAACCCCAAGGCCCGACCUGUGACGGCCGAGGGAGGGCCUGACCAGUACAUGGUGUCGCCCAUCACUGGGGAGAAGAUCCCUGCCCACAAGGUGCCUGAGCACAUGAGGAUCGGUCUGCUCAACCCCAAGUGGAUGGAGGCGAAACAGAGGCAGAUGGAGGAGAUGAAGGAACAAGAGGAGGUGUACGCUGCUGGCUCCGCCAUCGACACCAACCUCAAGCAGCUCGCGGAGAGGCGUACCGACAUCUUUGGUGUCGGCACAGAGGAAACACAGAUUGGUAAAAAGAUUGGAGAGGAAGACAAGAAGGAGCGUUCCAAGAUCGUGUGGGAUGGGCACACGGCUUCCAUGGAGAAAGUGUCACAGAGGGCCAGGGAGAACAUCUCCAUUGAAGAACAGAUUGCCACCAUACACAAAGUCAAGGGACUGCUACCCGAUGAGGAGAAAGAGAAGAUUGGACCUGCCAUGCCUAAAGGGGGUGCCCCACCACCACCCCCUCCUCCAAAGUCCGCCCCACCUCCCCCAGGUUCACAGCAAGGACCCCCGCAGCCUCCUGGCAGGCCUCCACCCCAACAGAUGCGUGUGUCCCACCAAGUGCCCAUGCAUCCCCCAGGAGGAGUGAUGGUCCUGCCUCCCAGGCCCCCAAUGAUGAUGGGUAUGAGGGGACCCCACAUGCGGCCACCAAUGGGCAUGCAUCCAGGUCCCCCGCAAGGGUACCCAGGUCCCCCUGGCCCCCCAGGCCCCCCUCACCGCCCUGGGCCACCGCCUCCCCCUUCUGGUCCCAUGGAUGAUGAACCCCCUAGCAAGAAGCAGAAGACUGAAGACAACCUCAUGCCCGAGGAGGAGUUCCUCAAGAAAAACAAGGGCCCCGUGACUAUCAAGGUGGCUGUGCCCAAUGUGCCCGACAAGCCUGAAUGGAAACUGAAGGGACAGAAGCUGGAUUUCACAUUACCACUCACAGAUUCUGUGUCCGUGAUCAAGGCCAAGCUGCAUGAGUCACUGGGUAUGCCAGCUGGCAAACAGAAGCUACAGUACGAGGGAAUUUUCAUCAAGGAUUCCAAUACACUGGCAUUCUACAACUUUUUGAAUGGUGCUACAGUUUCACUGGCUCUGAAAGAAAGAGGAGGGAGGAAGAAGUAACUCAUGUGCCCCUUGUGUGUCACUGCUUCACCGCUGUGGUGAUGCCCUGUUACAACUGGUCCCCAGCAACAUCUGCUGAUCGUAGGAGGUGACUUAGUGGAACCGAUGGUCAGGCUUGGUGCCUUGGUUGAUUGUGUGUCAUCGUACCCCGAUGGUGUGGAUCGCUGCUCACAACAUCAAUCAUUGGAUUAUCUGGUCAAGACUUGAUUAUAUACAGGUCGCCGUCAUAUACCGGUAGCUGGAAUAUUGCUGAAUGCGGCGUUAAACAACAAACAAAUAUCAUUGCUUCAACCAUAUGUCAUGUUGUAGAAGGCCUUUUCAUCAUAAAAGUGUAUGUAUAAAAGCUUUCAUCAUGGAAAUGUUUACAUGCUUGCAAUCAGUGUUAUCAGAAUGAGUACUGGAUCACAAAGCACUAAUGUCUUGUAUAAAUUUGGCUGGUGAGAAUAAAAUGUACAGAUGUU